CAGUCGUCGGUGCUCUUGGGAGCGACCUCCAGACUUAAAGCGACAGCUGCCGCGCGUUCAAGGGCCGCGACUAUGGGUCUGUUCUCCGAGCUGAAGAUGGCUGUGCCCUGGGGCCACAUCGCCGCCAAAGCCUGGGGCUCCCAGAAGGGCUCCCCGGUUCUCUGCCUGCACGGCUGGCUGGACAAUGCCAACUCCUUCGACAGACUCAUCCCUCUCCUCCCAAGAGACUUUUACUACGUGGCCAUGGACUUCGGGGGCCACGGGCUCUCAUCCCAUUACAGCCCAGGGCUUCCCUAUCACUAUCAAAACUUCGUGGGUGAGAUCCGCAGAGUCUCGGCAGCCUUGAAAUGGGAUCGCUUUUCCAUCAUGGGCCACAGUUUUGGUGGCACUGUGGGCGGAAUGUUUGCCUGUAUGUUCCCCGAGAUGGUGGAUAAACUUAUCUUGCUGGACUCAUCCCCUUUUGCACUGGACUCUAAUGAACUGGAGAACCUGCUGACCUACAAGCGGAAGGGGCUGGAGCACACGCUGCUGCUGGAGCAGGCCGCCAAGGGGCCCUCACGCGUGCUCAGCCCGGAGGAGAUGCUGCAGAGGUUCCUCAAGAAUAACAGACAUGUGGGCGAGGAGUGCGGGAAGCUGCUGCUGCAGCGGGGAGCCACCCAGGUGCCCACAGGCCUGGUGCUGAGGAGAGACCGGAGGAUCGCCUUGCCAGAGCACACCUUCGAUUUCAUCAGCAAGGAGCUGUGUGUGCAGGCCAUCAAGAAGCUGCAGGCCCACGUCCUGCUCGUCAAAGCAACCGAAGGAUUUUUUCACGUGAGGAGAGAGAAGGACUCUGACAAGGGGCCCCUGCUUUUCAUGACUGACACGCUGAAAUCCGCCCUAGGAGAGCGGUUCCAGUAUGUGGAGGUUCCAGGCAACCACUACGUCCACAUGAACCAACCCGACCACGUGGCCGGUGUCGUCGGCUCCUUCUUAUAAAGCGGGACCAGGAUCCCAGCCCGGCUGUAGCCCUGGGCCUGGGGCCACCGAGACCUUGUGCUCACCACUCUCCGCCGGACGCCCAGCUCCUGGGGCCCCAGCCAGGCCAGCACGAUGGGGCCAGGCCUCACUGGUAUUGGGCAGCAUGAGCUGGCAGAGCAGAGGUGUGGGGUGAGAUUUGUCUCCAACAUUUGUGAGCUCAAAGGGGAGACCGUGUCUGGAUUCGGGCUGUCUGUGUGUGGCUGGAAACCGGCAGUGAGCGGGGAGUGCGGGAAGGGCUGGAUAGGCCGCCCGGCCUGGGGCCAGCAGCUCUCGCAGCCGUUCCGGUGCCCGCCUGGGUGAAUAAAUUGUUCUUUUCUCUC